ACGAAAAACCAAUAUUUAAACUCCAAUUUUACACUUGGACAUUAAUUAACAUUUUAUGGAUAUAACUUUAUUGCCUUGCCCUAUAUUUGCAAAUUCCGGGCUACGAAUGAUGUGCGUGGUGUGAAGAGCGGCGCGGCAGCAGCGGCGGCGGCGGCGGCGGCGGGCUGACUCGGACGGUCGAGGGGGUCGGGGCGCGAGUGCGCUCCCCGCCGGCGCCGCACGCUGCGUUGUCGAGUCGCUGUCCGCUGCUGUCGGUUAUCAGUAUCGCGUUAUCGCAUCGCGGCGACGGCCAGCGCGCGCUCACCUCGCACUCGCACUCGCAUUCGCACCGUUCCUCAUCUUGAAGCGCGCGCGGCGUAUCAGCGGCGCUAUCGGUGCGAGAUAAGAUACGUCGGCGAGCGCCCCACGCCCCGCGCCCCCUCCUCUAGCAACACAGCUAGGUGCGCCGCGAGGAGCACGGGGCAGCGGGCGGUCGAGCGGUGAGCGGCGCACUGCCAUGAGGAGCAAGGACCGCCUGGACGAGCUGCGCAAGGUUGCCGGACCCGCAGAGAGCGGAGCGCCGGCGCCUGUGCUAGAGCUGCCGCGCGACAUCGCCGAUCUACUGCAGGAGGUGGAGGCGAUAUCGCGGUGGAUAGAGGAAGUGCGCGGCGACUCGCAGCUCAUCCGCCGCCUGCACUCCGACCCCACCUACCACACCAACAAGCAUGUGCAGGAGCAGUUGGACGCGGCGGUGACGCGCGCGCACGCGGCAGGCCUCAAGCUGUGCGGUGCACUGCGGCAGCUGGCGGGGCGCGCUGGCGAGGCGGUGGGUGCUGCCGGUGCGGCGGGCGCGGCGUGCCGCAUGGCCCGGCUGCAGUACGCGUGCGCGCGCAGACGCUGCGCUGCCGCGCUGGCUGAGCACGCUCAGCUGCUGCAGCUCCUGCGUGACGACCGCGCGCGGCUGUUGCAUGAACAGAUCAAGCUCACAAACCUUACCUUAUCGGAAGAGGAAUGCGAGCAGCUACUCGACUCUAACAACGUAGCGCUGUUCGUCGACAACGUGCGCGCGCAGACGGCGGAGGCGCGGCGCGCGCUGCGGGAUGCGGAGGCUCGGCGCGGCGAGCUGGCGCGUGCAGAGGCGGCGCUGCGCGAGGUGCGCGACCUCUUCGUGCAGCUAUCGCACCUCGUCGCGCAACAGCAAGAACAAAUCGACAGCGUGGAGUACUUCGCGCUGCAAGCUAGCGAGCACGUGGAGAGCGGCGGCCAGGAGCUACUGCGCGGCUCCGUCGGCCGCCGGCGCGCCCGCAAGAAGAAAAUCGGUCUUAUCAUUUGCUUGGCGUCCGGCUUCCUUAUAGUGCUGUUUGUGCUCGUAUACACGUAGCACGAGGGACUCUACGCGGGCACCACGCCACGCGGCACCACACCACGCCACGCGGCACCACACCACGCGGCACCACGCCACGCGGCACCACGCCACGCAGGCGCCGACCAUUCAUCGGGCGGAUGGCGGAGAACGCCGGCCAAUGAAUCGAAACCACUAUUGCUAAUUAUUAUUUAUUGUAUAUUAAGAUAACUAGUCAUUUUUGGAAAUAAAUACCAUUUUUUUUA